AGAGCGGAGUCCUGGCGCCUCCGCCGAGAGGAGGAGAGCUUCGCAGCCUGGCCGCGGGGGCGGCGUGGAGAUCGAGGGCAGGAAUAUUCAAGAUAAAGUUGCAGCUAUUUUCAACAAGGUGAUCAAAAUUUUUCUUUUUAAAAAGAGCUUUCCAAAUUAAAGAUGAAAGGAAAAUGCUGGAAUUGUUUGGAUUCUAACUGACAGGAUAAAGAAUACAGUAUUUCAUAGUUACUUAAAAUGGAGCCUCAGUAACAUUCAGACUUUGUCAUGCACCCAACUGGGAACAUGGAUGCCGGUUUUUCUCGUUCUGCUGUUCAGACACUGUCAAGAAGCCACUGCAGAAAUAUCAAACAAAAAAUUUCUCAGUGGGAAGGAAGAACUAAUGGUAUAUCUAAUCCAGAGAAGUGGCAUCCAAGGGACUUUGGAGUGAGAUAUAAUAACUGUCAUCAAGAGAUUCUUCUUAAGAAAAAUCCCGUUGCUGAGGGAAAGAGCAAAAAGUUGGAUAUAACCAACUCUCGCAAUGUUGGUCUAGAUAUUAAUGAAGAUGCGAAAAGCCAAGAUCAAACUGAGGAUGAAAGUGGGAAACGUGGAUGUGAGGAUACACACCUCUUUAGAAAUGAAUCAGAAUCCAACUGGGUAUGUUCUCGGGUCAAACAGAUCGAAAGCUGGAAAGAAGUUGUUUUGGACCCAGAGACUUCCUUACCUCCAGGAAAUUUCUAUACCUCACAGAUCCUGUGGAAGAAAAUAGAAGCACUCCCCCCGGAUAAAGUCUUAAAUUUGGCUUUAGAACGUUGUGACUCUUCAGAAAAAGAACUGAAUUUCAGAGUUCUGGAUAGUUCAUAUGGAAUAACCAAGAGCUUAGAAAAUAUUUACUCUGAACCCGAGGGACAAGAAUGUGGACCUUCUAUAAAUCCUUUGCCCAAACCUCGCAGGACAUUCAGAUAUUUAUCUGAAUCUGGUGUUAUGCCAUGUAAAGAAAGAAACUGUGACAGAAAAUACUGUGAAAAUAAUUCUUGCGCAGAGUCUUGUUUGGCCUCUUCUCAGGAACCUGAACCAAAGAAAUAUGGCAGAAAAAUCAGAGGGAGAUCUAAAAGGAAAUCCUUUGAAUUUGAGGAUAUUCAGCACUUUCGAAAUCGGAGCUCACCGAAGAUUCAUGAAGAACUUGGAAGAAAUUCUGGCUCAGCACUUUAUUACACACAGUCGGAGGACAAUAUCUAUGAGGAUAUCAUAUAUCCCACCAAAGAGAAUCCAUAUGAAGAUAUUCCAGUGCAGCCUUUGCCCAUGUGGAGAUCCCCUUCAGCAUGGAAGCUACCACCCCCGAAAAGUGCUUUCAGAGCACCAAAGCUUCCUCCCAAGCCUCAGUUCCUCCACCGGAAGACUAUGGAACUGAAGAGCUCCCAAGCUUAUUUACGAUCAAAGCUCACAAAGGAUACCACUUUGCCUGUCACUUUAACUGAAUGGAAGCUUUUCCGAGCUGGAGAAGUUGCAUACAGGAAAAGAAAAAAUCUUCCCAGGCUUGUAUUGAAAAUUGCUGACAUAUUUGAAUCUAAGAGAGGGAAAAAGAGGGUAAAGUUACACCCAUACACUGGAAAAGACGUACCUCCCUCAAAAGGUGAAACCAGUGGGAACGAAAGUGAUGCUGAGUAUCUGCCAAAGAAUCGCCACAAGCGAUUAGCGCAACUGCAACAGCCUUCCAAGAGGAAUCCUCACUACCAGACCUUGGAGAGGGAUCUCAUUGAAUUACAGGAGCAGCAGCUCUUUGAACUUUUUGUGGUGGUGUCUCUACAGAAGAAACCAUCAGAAAUAAGCUACAUUCCCCAAGUCAUACAGCAGUUCCCUAGCAAGGGUGAUCAUGGCUUUAAGCAGUCCAAAGACACUGAAGAGAGGCUCAAAGUUAUCCCCAAAUUUUGUUUUCCCGACUCAAAGGACUGGGUGCCAACCUCAGAACUCAAGAGAAGUAGAAUCAGAAUGUUUGUGAAAAGGGUAGAGCCAGCAGUUAAAGUUACGUGGACACUGUGGCAGGUCAAGGAUGCUGUGGGAGGAAAGGAAGAAACGGAAUUAGAACAUUUCCUGUGUGAGUACAAAAAAGAAAAACACGGAAUACCGGAAGGCAGAGGGAAGCGACUCCCUGAGGUCUACUGCAUGGUCAGUCGCCUCGGCUGCUUCAACCUCUUUUCCAAGAUUCUGGACGAAGUAGAGAAGAGAAGAGAGAUGUCUCCAGCCCUGGUUUACCCAUUCAUGCGAAGUGUCAUGGAAGCUCCUUUCCCAGCUCCUGGACGCACCAUCACAGUUAAGAGCUACCUCCCUGGGGCUGGCGAUGGGUCCAUUGAACUCUGCCGACCACUGGAUUCCCGACUGGAACAUGUUGACUUUGAAUGUCUCUUUAAGUGCCUGAGUGUGUGCCAUCUCAUCCGGGUCUGUGCCUCCCUCCUGUUGGAACGGAGGGUAAUCUUUGUUGCCAAAAGCCUAAGCACCCUGUCCAAAUGUGGCCAUGCUGUGGUCGCCACAUUGUAUCCAUUCACCUGGCAGCAUACCUACAUUCCAGUCCUCCCAGCGUCUAUGAUUGACAUCGUGUGCUCACCCACCCCAUUCCUUAUUGGAAUCCUGUCUUGCUCCUUACCACAGCUCCAGGACCUACCCAUUGAAGAGGUGCUGAUAGUUGAUCUCUGUGCAGACAAGUUCUUACAGGAGGUAUCUGAUGAGGACGAAAUUCUACCUCCUAAACUCCAAGCUGCCCUGAUGCAGAUUUUGGAAGAACGAAAUGAAAUCUUGGCUCAGGAGCAGAAUUUUUCACAAGAUGUGACACUCAACUCUCUGGUGUCCGAGGCAUUUGUGAGGUUUUUUGUGGAGGUAGUGGGACAUUAUUCUUUGAGCAUGACUGUCACUGAGCAUGGGGAGCGUGUAUUCCAAAGGGAACCAUUCCGUAAAUCCCACACCUCCCGAAGUGUACGCCACUUCCUGGAUCUCUUCAUGGAAACACAGAUGUUUGCAGGCUUCAUCCAGGACCGAGAGCUUCGGAAAAGUGGGGUGAAAGGUUUGUUUGAGGUCCGGGCCCUUCAGUAUUUGGAAACAAUUCCAGAGUCUGAGCCUAGUGGGAUGAAUAAAAUUUUGCGGAGUCUUGGAAGUAAAAUGAAAUUUCUGCAGAAGAAAUGAAAUCUUUGAUUGACUGUCUCCAUCUUAAAUAGAACAGAAAGUGCCAAAGAAAAUACUUCUCCAAGAGUCAGGAUGCCUUGAAGUAGCCUCCAAAAUCCUGGAAAGUUGAAAAGGUUACAAAGCAGUCCAGGUCCUUGGAGGAGGAUUCUCCUGUUGCUGCUGUAGUAAUCACUGGAGGAUUAUUGGGAGUAGUCUGGAACCAAUGUUCUCAUUACUCUGCCUCCAAUUUUUUUUUCAGUGGCCUUUUGUAUUUAAUUCUUGGGCUCAUUCUUUGUGUUAUGUGCUUAGUCUGUGAAGGCACUUAUCUUUUAAUAAGGAAAGAUUUGGUGUUGCAUUUUUUAAAAAACAGCUCAAAGAUGAGCACAAUGAGAGAAAUGCUAAGUUGAAGGUACUGAGGAAGCAUGAUAGAAGUGCAGAAUGCAUCCUACACGCAUCAUUCUCAUCACUGAAAUACCACAGCAGCUUGACACCUAUGGGCUGUUUCAGCAGAGCUAAGGAAUAUACUCCUCAUAUAUCUCCAGUUUUUGUUUUUUAGUCUAAUGUUCUGUCUGGGGGAAUCUCACUGAUGUGGAAGCCCUAUUUAUUAACACUGUUAUUGAGUAUCUUAUACAAGUAGACACCUUGCAGCUCCUCCUCCACAUCGUGUGGCACUUGAGUAGCUUGUCAACAUUAAACUUCGUGGGAUUAUAGCUAACAGGAAAAUAUCCUUUCAAGGGCAUGAGAACCCCCCCUUUUCUUAGUGUCCCCCAUGUGCCAUGUGUGAUGGUACAUGUAUGUCAUCUUAUUCAGUCUUUAAGUCAACUUCAUGAGAUACUUUCAUCUCCAUUUUAUUAAUGAAGAAACUGGAAUUCUAAAAGGUUAAGUAACUUGCCCAAAGUUAUACAACAGAGCCAGAACUGAAGCCAGGACUAUCCAUUCAUGAUGAGCACAGAAAAAGUUGGUUAGUCCUGCAGAUGGAAAUUUGAGCUCUGUGGGAUUAUAGCUAUUGAAAAAAUUUUCUUUUAAGCUGAAGUGUACCAGAGCCAAGUUUCAGCUCUGAGGAUAAGGGACUUCAAACUAUAGGUGCCUAGAUGUCUCUUUUUUGGUUCCCCUAGAAUUGUAGGACUUUUUGCCCUAAUUAAAUUGGACUCAGACUAUGAACAUUCCUGGGCACUCACCACAUAAUCACCCUGACCCUUAAUAUCUAAAAUAGUAGUAUUGAUUAGAAGGAGGAACUUACCAGUGAUGGUGUGAUUUUCAUUGAUAAAUAUUAUAGCAGAUGUCAGUUUUCUUCAAUUCCUGCUGAUGGUUUUAACUGGCAUAAAAAUAUUUAUUCGAGCUUAACAAAACCUUGUAAGUUGUAUUAUGACAGUUUAGAGUUGUAUUGUCAUUACAGCCCAUUCAGGUGUGCAUGAAUGAAUCUGAAGCGGACCCCAUUUAAGACCGGUGCUAUAUAGUUCUUACAGGUCUAGAAAAUAGAACUGAGCCUAUGUCUUGUUAAAAAAAAAAAAAAUGUGUAUUAAGCAUCUUACCCCAGUGGGGCUCUUACCAGACAUCUGUCCAUUUGCCACUCCAAUCUUGAGGGAAGAAUUAGUAAUUGGGAAUUGUUUAUAAAACGGGGGUAGGAGGUCUUACGGUGGUGAAUCUUGACCGUCCCUCUGUGAGGAGACCUUUGCUUCAGGGAUGGGGGUCUUAUUUUAUUCCCGUGACCUGAAGCUGCUUCCUUUUUCUUAGGUCUGUUUUAUUUUGUUUUUGUAAAGUAUUAUGAGUUCUGGAUAUAUUUGUAAAAAAAAAAUAUUGCUCAAGAUUUGUAUAAAGUGUUGUUUACAGAUCUUUUAAUGAAUAAACACAAAAAUUCCAUGGAACUCUUGGAGAAUUUUAAAUA